AAGAAUCUCUAAGCCUCAAAGAAAUCAAAGAAUCUUUGCCUCAAUGAAGUGCGGUGAACUGUUGAAAUAUAUCAAAACAUUGAGCGACGCUAAACAACUAAAUUCAGCUCAUAUUUGUCAUGGUGAAAAUUGAACUUUGUAGGGAUUUUAAGAGUUGGGUUAGGGUAUUUGAGUCUGGUUGAGUAUUGUUUGAAUUGUUAAUGGGUAUCGGCGUAAAUCUUUCAUUGUGUGACUUUUAUGAACGGAUCAUUUCCAUGAGGAUCUGUGGCACGAAUGAUUUCUUCAUCACUCAAAAUUGGUUCAUUGUUUUUUGCAUUUAUGCUCUGGAAGCUCAUAUUGACUGUUGUUUUGUAUCUUUUUAUCUUUUGAAUUAUGCCUAUGAAUUUAUCACUGGUUGUAAUCAAAAUAUAACUAAACCAAUGGCUGUCAAGAGACGACAAGGGUGUCCACAAACUGCUUUACAUUUGUGGGAUGCUAUUGCUUAUAUACGGCAGCAAAAGCAGAUUCCAAAUUUUGACAGAUUGGCAGCUUAUAUGAAAAGAGUUUACAAUUUAAAUGAAACAGAUCUAGAGCGGCAACUAAAAUUUGCUAUUCACGAUGGACUUAUACGUGUAAAAAAGAGUGUUGGUUGCAAAGGUUCAAAAGUUGGAAUUGAGCAAGAUGGUUACCGUGUACCUGAAGAAAUAAAAGAAAAAGAUGGACAUGAUUGGUAUUGCUUUGAAUGUCACAGAGGGGGAGAAGUUAUCUUAUGCACUUCUUGUCACCGAGUUUAUCAUGAAGUUUGCCUAACUGAUGAUAUAAAUUCUGGAAAUUUUAUUUGCCCUGUUUGUAAACAGAAUUCUGAGAAGUUUUAUUUGGAUUUGAAGAAAACUGAAUUGAACAUUUUACUAGGUUUCACAUGUAUAAGACUAAAAGAAAAGACAAGGGAAUUGCAUCGAAUACCUCAUCCAGAUGAUGAGAAAUGGCGUUAUAAUUUCCUUAUAUAUGAACCUAUGGAUUUAGUUGCUAUGGAGGACAAAAUGAAGGCUAAUGAAUAUUCCUCAUUAGGAGAUUUCUACACAGAUGCCCAACAGAUAGUUCACAAUGUUGUAAUAUAUUUUGGGAUGCACAGUCGAAUUGCUAAAAUGGCACGCCAAAUGCUAGGUGACUGUGAAUAUGACUUACAAGAAAUUAUCCAGUGCCGUAGUUGUUAUAAAAUGUCCAAUAUGAAGCACAACCCUUCUUGGUUUUGUGAACCAUGUGAUCCACCACAUGAAUUGGUAUAUGCAAAAAUUAAAGGUUUUCCUUAUUGGCCAGCAAAAGUUAUCAAAAAGCAUGAAAAUACAUAUGAUGUUCGUUUUUUUGGAGCUUUUCAUCAAAGGGCCCUUGUCAAUGAAGAAUUUGUGAAACCUAUCACUACUAGUUAUCAGAAAUUAAAUGUUAAGAAAACUGCAUCAUUUGAUAGAGCUUAUUCUGAACUCAGCCAUCACCAGGAACUGAUUGCCAAGUUCCUGAAGAAACAAUCCCUCAAAUGCUAAUUACAGACUGCUAAACUAAAUGAGAACAAUAACAAUACAGAAAGUGACUCAACACAGGAUUCGUACAGUUCCUCUAGAUCAAAAAUCCCAACAUCACGGAAGCGUAAGUCUGCUUCUGUGCACGUAAAACCAGCAAGUGUUAAAAAGCCUGUCGGUGUUCCUGUUAAGAAAAACAAAAAGUUUUAUCAAGAAUCUCCUACAUCAUCAUCGCCAAAAAGUUCAUCAACUCAGGAUGUAAUUCCGGAGGACCAUAAUUUAGUUUCAUCAUCGAGUCAAGACACUUCUGUUUUUCAUGUCUCUGUUGCUGUUCAAACAACUGAAGAGCUUUUAGUCUCUGAUGUGGAGAUGCCUGAAAAGAGUAAAGAAGAUUCAAAUGAUAAAAUGAAAAAAGCAUGUGAUUGUAGUAGAAGGUACGAUAAACUUUUAAAAGAUCUUCGCAGUCAGUUAGAUGAGGAACAUAAAGAAGAUAAAGCCAAAGCCUUGAAAGAAUUUUCUGAUAAGCUUCGAAUUGAAAUGGAGAAUGAAAAACAGAAAAAUCUAACAACAGCUGUGGAAAAGCUCCAGCAAGACCACAAGGAAGCUCUACGUAAAAUGGAAGAACAAAAGAAGACAGCUCAUCAGCAAGAAAUAAGAAAAUUAAUUGAACAGCACAAUUUAGAAAUUUCAGAAAUCAAGAAAAAGCAAUGGUGUUACAACUGUGAGGCUGAAGCUAUAUAUCAUUGCUGCUGGAAUACAUCAUACUGUAGUGUCGAAUGUCAGCAAGUUCACUGGCACAAGGAGCAUAAACGUACAUGUCGACGAAAGCGGUAAUGCUGGAGAAAAUAAGAUCAAAGAUAAAAAACUGUUCGUACAUUGUAUUCAUAUGCAUAUAUAUUCCUUCAUAGAGCACUUUUGUUUCAUCAGAGAGGAAGCUUUCAUUGUAGUUAAAAACAUCUGGUUGUUGGGAUUUUCUGUUUUCAUGUUGGUGCAAAGAAAAUCAAAGCUAUUUUACAGUAAAAUGCCUUAACAUCUUGUUAAAUUGUUACUGUACAGAGAAAAAUGUAUCAUAUUCAAAGGUUUAAAUAUUUAAAAGAUGCCAUGUUAGUCUUUUUUAAGAAGGAAAUGCAAAUAAUAUUAUGAUGAAUCUAUUAUUAUGUAUUUAUAAGAAGUUUUAUAAUAUGUAAAUGUUAUAAAAUUCUAAUAUUCUAAGUAUUUAAAAUUGGUGAGAAAUUAUGGCCUUCUAAAUGAUAUUUACUGUGUAUCAUUUUUAGUUAUAAUUUAUGCUAUUUCUUUCUAUUGCAUGAAUUUCUGCAAUUUUAAUCUUGAAUUCUAAGUUAUAUUUAAUUGCUGUGUUAGUAAUCUAUUUAUAAGCUUUAUAGUUUUUAUGUUAAAGUAUAUUCCUUUUUGAAUAUGAUUGGCAUUUGUAAUUAGCAUAGUUUCAUAAAAUAUGCGUUUGUAUAUUUAUGAUUUAUAUGUUUUAAGUUACAGUACUCGCCUGUUGGAUAUUUUGGAUAGAAUGUAAAUAUUCUUGCUAAUAAUAAUUUUACCUGCGAAUCUUUAGGUUUUUAUAUUAGAUGAAAUAUGUAAAUUAAAACUACAGCUUUCUUAUUUUCCAAAUGUGGAAAAAUUUGCUUUUUUUGCUUUGAAUGUAUUUUGUGUAUUUAUUUUUGAGGUAAAGUUGUCCAUGUUGAAAUUCAAAGUAUUGUUAAAUUUAAGCUUGGAACAAAAUUCCAAGUUACUGUUUUUUUAAUGUUUUUGUAUUUGUUGAAUUUAAAGGGCAUUUAGUUUUUACUGGAUGAUUAUUAGGGAAUACCUACCAAAGUUAACAAAAAGCAAAAUCAAAAUAAUACAAUUAAAUUGUUGUGUCCAAAACUUAUUUCUAUGAUGUUAUUUGUAUAAAACUUCCUUUUUUGUGUUUUUAUAUUGGGAUUUAUAGAAAAUCAGGAGAAAAUAUUUUAAACUAGAACUUAGAACUGUAUUUAUCUUUUUUUUUUAAAUCAGUAUUAUUAGUAUAAUUAAGUUGAAUCAUUUCUUGACCAUUUUGAGUUUUGAUGUUAGGUGCAUAUUUUAUAUGAUUUUUUACUGAUAAGAUAGUUAAAGUUUUAAGUUUUUAAAUUUUAGCAAAUAUAUUUUGUGCCAAUGUAAAGCACAUAGUCUAUGUUUGUUUCCUGAAAUUAAAUAACAGUCUAUAUUCAAGGUGCUGAAAUCAAAACUUUUAUUACUUUGUUUAUAUAGUAUUUGCAUGUCCAGUAGUUGUAGAUCAUUUUGGAAAAGGAAAAGGGGGGAAGGAAAAUGCAUUCUUUUCUUAAUAUCGUAGAUUUGCAGCAUGUAUGACAAAUUUUAUCUGAGAGGAUUAACACUUUUUGUAAAUAAAUCAAAAGUUGAACCACAAAUCUCAUACAUUAUUGUAAAUAUGCAUCACCAUUAAAACAUUUUGCAAUAAAAUGUUUAUAAAACAUUU